AUGAAACUGCUCCUAAUUUUGACAUUUCUGUUCUCCGCCAACGCUGUCAACUUGUGCCCACUCCUUGGGCCCAGUUGGCCUGCUCCUACGAACCUCUCCAGUGAUGCUACGUUCAACCUGGCAUUGCAGAAUAUCACCACGAAUAUUCAGAAUCUCAUCGAAUCAGGAAAAUUCGCCGGGAACUCGUUGUCUUUGCAAGUUUUCGAUAAAAGCGAAUCAGUUCCAUUGCUGAAUUUCUCUUACACCGACCCCUCUAUAAAUACCACCAUUGGCGUUACUACGGUAGACCAGAACACCGUCUUCCGUAUUGGAAGUACUUCAAAAAUAUUCACAGCUUUCUUGCUCCUCAUCAAGGAUCGAUUUCAUACGUUUAACGAUCACGUGUCCAACUACAUCCCAGAGAUCCGAGACGCCGAGUUUGAACUUUUUAAUAAUGCUACGAAGAGGGAAGACGGCAUUGACUUCAUCAAGUGGAAUGAAAUAACGGUGAGAGAGUUGGUGAGCCAUCUGGCCGGCCUGGCAAGAGAUUAUGGUACCCUUGAUCUUGCCGAGAAGGCUCCCCUGCUUGAGUCUUUGGGAUUCCCAGCCUUGGACCCCGCAGAAAUCCCACCCUGCGGUGUCCCGAAUCCGUGCAAUAGGACACAAUUUUUCACUGGGCUGUUCCAAGCCCACCCUAUCGUAUCCGUAUCUUCGACUCCGAUUUACUCCAAUGCGGCCUUUCAAAUCCUUGGCUACCUUGUUGAAGCAUUUUCAAGCUGGGAUUUCGAGGACGUGCUGAAAAGAGACAUCAUCGACCCACUGGGACUUUCUCACACUUUCUAUACGCCUCCAGAUACUGCAAUCGGGGUAAUCCCUGCUCCACAAGGAGAAUACUGGUGGAAUUUUGCUUUCGGAGAUGAGGGGCCGGCUGGAGGUAUCUUCUCAACGGCAAAUGAUAUGGCGAGUCUAGGCCGUGCCAUACUCAACAAUAUCCUUUUAUCACCCUUGAACACACGGCGUUGGUUGAAACCUCAAAGCCACACGUCAUCCCUUGAAUACGGUGUUGGUUCUCCAUGGGAGAUAGUCUCGUUCAAAUAUGAGCGACCAAUAGAUCUCUACACUAAAUCAGGAGAUGUUGGCACUUACUCAAGCGUAUUUGCUCUGGACCCAGACCACGAUGCAGGCUUUGUGAUUCUCGCUGCAGGAAACAACACGCAUGAGCUCGGGGCACUCAGCGCGGACACUAUUUCUGAAACACUUCUGCCUGCUCUUGAGGAAGCUGCUAAGAGGCAGGCCAACACCCGUUUCUCGGGCACAUAUUCUCAGAACAAUAGUAAUUCGUCGAUUACUAUUGCCACAGACGAUGGCCCCGGUCUGGUCGUCACGAAGUGGUCUAAUAACGGGACCAACAUGCUCCAGAGCUAUGCCACUCUAAACGGGUUCACUGAUCCUUCACAACUUGACAUUCGCUUGUACCCUACAGGGCUUACGAGCCCGGGCCAGCUCUCUUUCCGGGCCGUCAUCCCCCCGUUGCUGCCAGACGGUAUUGGUCCGUUCACCUCCUCCUGUAUUACUUGGGUGACCCUGGAUUCCCACAUCUAUGGAAAUAUUGGACUGGAUGAGUUCGUAUUCGGUAUAGGCGAUGAUGGUACUGCAGAUAGCAUAUCUCCCAGGGCGUUGCGCAUUAUUCUGCCCAAGACAAGCUGA